AUGCCUAGUGGCGUUGGUGUAAGGAGCCGAUGCAGUUUAAAAACAGUCUUCAUUUGGGCUGUCCUCGUUGUCAUUGCGUCAAUUUUGUUUUUGUCGUUCAAGCUGAAUAUUAUAGAACUGGGAAGGAACCUCCGCCGUCAAAGCAACAUAAGAAGGACAAAUAAAUCAACUUUGCACAUUCAGAAGUUUAACAUGAGGGGGAAUGAUGUCAUGGUUUUCGUGCACAUACAAAAAACUGGAGGAACACAGUUUGGUCUUCAGCUAGUCAGGAACUUGGACAUCGAGAGACCUUGUCAAAGACGGAGAUUACAAAUGUCACACAACAUACGACGCAAAAAACGCUUCAAGUGCCUUAGACCAGGUUCCUCUAAAAUUUGGCUGAUUUCAAGACAUCAUCUAGGUUGGCCGUGUGGACUCCACGCGGAUUGGACAGAAACCAAGGAAUGUGUUUCGAGGUAUAUGAAUUCACGUGAAGGGAAAAAUGUAGACCGGACGUUCUUUUACGUAACAAUAAUUCGAGAACCUGUUUCACGAUUCCUGAGCGAAUUUUCAUUCGUCCGCAAUACUUCUUCGACGUGGAGCGGGGCUUCCCUUCGUUGCAACGGUCGCUCUCCAUCAAGGGAUGAACUUCCACCAUGUUUCGCUGGAAAAAAUCUCAGCGAAAUUACGUUGAAAGAUUUUAUGGGAUGUCCUUGGAAUCUUGCUAUUAACCGUCAAAGUAGAAUGCUCGCUGAUUUAAGGCUGGUAAACUGUUAUGACACACGUGCAAUGCCAAAGUCAAAACGGAAUGAGAUCAUUUUGCAAAGUGCCAAAAGGAAUCUUCAAAAAAUGGCUUACUUUGCCCUCAUGGAAUACCAAGAAGAAAGUCAGUUUUUGUUUGAGAAGACUUUUGGGUUGAAAUUUUUGACCCCCUUUAAGCAGGUGGGAAGUAACGAGACAAAGGCGGGGAAGCUUUUUCCAAAGCUGAACGAUUCCGUCUUACAGGCAGUAAAACAUUUGAACUCGCUUGAUGUAGAACUUUAUACGUUCGCCAAAAAGCUGUUUUUAAAACGUGUCAAAAAUUUUAAAGACUCAGAAAGUAGAACCUAA